UAUCAUUUCUACUCUACCCUACGCUGGCAUUUAUCUGCUCUUUAUAAUAUUAUAUACGUUGAGGUGAUGGCGCCCCAGACAACUAGCAAAAAGCGGAAACGUGCAGACUCGUCCGCUGAUCAAGUAACAAUUUCCGUUUUCGACAAAUCUCCUUCCGCUGUUGGUCCUAUCCUUGCUAGCUUUCCAGCACUAGAUCCAUCUAAAUCCGCAGCAUUCGCUGCGUACGCACCGCCGCAAUCUCCAAGCAAAACUAACGGAGCUGCAAACAAAAAUGCAGGGCGUGAACAAGAAUUUUCUCGGAGACCAUUACUUGUUGCUGGUGAGACGGAUGCCAUAGAAUUCCAUUCGACAGGCGAGAACGAAGCCGUACGAGGUGGAAGCAGAUACCUAAUAGGCAUCCACAACAAACGCACAAACACGCUCCUCCUGCGUCCCGCACCUCUCCAAAUUCUCGGCAGACGCGUAAAAGCACUCAAGAACCUCGCUCCAGCUCCCUCCACAUCCAGCACAGAACGCAUUGAACAGCGAAAUACACUAGGUGAGAUGUUCGGAACGCGUAAGGCACAGAAGGCUAUACGUACCGCGGAGCGGAAUCGCGUGGACGUGGAUGCUAUGGAGGGUGUUGUGGGACAUAUUCAGGAGAGUGUUGAGAGUGGGACGAGGGGUUUGCCUAGUCAGGAAGAAGCAAAAGAACUCGCAGACUCCACACGCCAAAUCCCGAAAUUCAACCUGCACGCAACGAAACCAGAGGACGUAUACAAACUAUAUGACAUCGUACCCGAAUCCGAGUUGAACGCACUGCCCAUUAAGGAAAUCAUGAACGCAACUUCGCAAGAGGAGCGUAUGAAGUUCGUACCGUUCUCUCGAUCAGACUGGGUUCGUCAGCACGUUGCGGCGAUUUUUGAGGGGACGAAGACUAGUAAGAGGUCGUUGAGAAUCAUACUUUACAUCGCAUGCCUCCUCGUCUUCCGAAUGGGUGCAGUCCGAUAUUGUAACAAACGGGAAGACCUCGAAGAGCGUUUACCAGGUAUACCAUCUAACGUUAUCGAUGGUAUUUAUUCUCGAUUUACAGAGACUGUACGAGGGAGUUCUCGCGUGCAAUUCACGAGCGACAACGCCGUACGGCUCUUAACACAUAUCUUCGCAUUAUGUCUGCACGUCGAUAACUUUGCGACCGAUACGACGUUGAUCGCUGCGGACUUGCGGGAACCUGUAACGAAGAUCAACCAGCAUUUCAAACUCCUCGGCUGCAAGAUCGAGAAACUAAGCACAGUAGAGAUGAGCCGACUCGGUUUGAGUGCAUCGGGUGCAGAGCAUAAACGUGCUGUGUUACGCGUUCCGUUGGAGUUCCCGAAGGCGAGGAUGAAGAGAAGGAAUUGAAGGGAAAGUAGAUCGUAUAUGUGACCUUCUGUCGCUCGCAGUGAGCGUUAUAAGUAUGAAUUUAGCAUUCUACACAGAUAAUCGUU